UACAUGAAGUGACUUGUGAAUAUGCCCCCAGUGACUCAGGGGAAAUCCAAAAUGGCGGGCUACGGCAAGCAAGUGCUCGUAAGAGAUGUAUUUUUGUGGUUUAUGUCUGCGAUAUAUCUGUUCGCUUUUUCUUCUCUGUACGUUCAGAUACCAGGUCUCUAUGGUCGAAACGGAGUUCUUCCCGCCAAACUUGCCCUGAGAGAAGUGAGCUCAUCAAUGGAGGAAAACUUCUGGAGCAAGCCUACACUACUAUGGUUUACACCAAGGCUUGGACUGGACACAGAAACAGGAAUGGAGUUGCUGUGCUUGGUUGGAAUGCUCCUCUCGUUACUGGCCAUGUCACUGAAGGCCUUUAGAGGUUCAAUCACCUUUUCUCUUCUUUGGUUUCUCUACUUUUCCUUGUAUCAGGUUGGACAGACAUUUGUGUAUUUUCAAUGGGAUAUUCUUCUCAUGGAGACAGGAUUUUUGACAAUCCUUGUAUCUCCUCUGAAUCUGAAUCUAUUCAAGUCACAUAAUAGCAAAUUUCAGCGACACCAUGAUAAUAUCACUCUGUGGUUAGUGAAAUGGUUGGCAUUCAGGUUGAUGUUCUGUUCUGGAGUUGUUAAACUUUCCAGUAGAUGUCCCACAUGGUGGGGAUUGACUGCUCUGGACUGGCAUUAUGAGUCACAGUGUAUUCCCACACCACUGGCUUGGUAUGCUCAUCAGCUUCCAAAAUGGUUUCAAAGGCUCAGUAUAGUACUCACAUAUGUAAUUUUGAUGGCAUUGUCUUGGUUGUUUUUUGUUCCUGUGCGAUCCUUGAGGAUCUUUUCAUUUUAUUCACAGAUCUUCUUUCAAGUCUUGAUCAUUCUUACUGGGAACUACAACUUCUUUAACCUUCUGGCAAUUGCCCUUUUGUUGGCAAUUCUUGAUGAUGAGCAUUUGGUCACAAUUCUGCCAUCAUGGCUUGUUGGAAGCUCCUAUGUUGAAUCAGCCCAAAGAAGUAAAGUGACAAAGGUGAUCAGGAGAAUUGUCACAUUUGGAACACUAGGAACUGUAAUCUACUGGACAGUCAAAUUAUUUGCAUUAGAACUUUCUCCCAAACACGUUUUAAAGUCAAAGAUAACUUUUUCACAGGGUGCAUUCUUCAGAGCUGUAGAUCAAGCUGUCCCACUCACCAUAUGGCUUGGCAUUUUAUCUUUGAGUGUAGAAAUUAUUGCUUCAAUGAUUGGAUGCAUAAUGGAGAAAGGCGUGUUCAAUAAAUUGUGGUCAUUACUGCAGUGGGCAAUCUUUAGUUUUGCAGCUCUUGGAAUGUUUGCUAUAAGCUUGGUUCCUUACACAGAUAUCAGCCACAAUGCAAAGUCGAGUUUAUGGCCUGUCAUAAAAAGAUGGCGUCAGAAGACAGAUGCGUUUGAACUCGUCAAUGCGUAUGGAUUAUUCAGAAGUAUGACUGGUGUUGGUGGACGACCGGAAGUCAUCAUAGAAGGCAGCAACGAUCGUGACGGACCAUGGAUGGAAUACAACUUUCAUUACAAACCUGGUAAUGUUUCAGAGCCUCCACCAAUAGUUGCCCCUCACCAGCCUCGGCUUGACUGGCAGAUAUGGUUUGCAGCGCUCGGAAGCUAUGAAUACAACCCCUGGUUCGUUCAUCUUGUCUUCAGGCUGCUCCAGGGACAACAAGACGUGCUGGAUCUCUUGGCUAAAAACCCUUUUCCUCAUAGAGCCCCUAUCUACAUUAGAGCGUGGCUUUACAAGUACCAUUACACGGAGUUACCAAGAAAUAUUACCUCGCUGUCUGAUGUCGUACAUAACAACAGACUGGUAAAGACUUGGUGGUUUAGAGAAAGUGUUAGAGAGUACUUGCCAAUCGUGGCUGUGAAUGAUCUUUCACUGAUCAGGUGGCUCAAUCAGUAUGGUUGGGCCAAGAAUGAUCCUUGGCCCGAACGCCCAUCAGGACGACUGUACAAAGCAAUCAAAUACCUUCGUUCAAUCGUCCCAACACUGGAUGCUUUUCGAUUCAUGAUGUCACUGUUUGCGUGUGGAGUUCUUAUGGGAGUUUUCAACCGACAUCUGUCUCGAAAGCAACAAUUAUGAAUUAGGAAGGGACUGGACAGUUUACUCCUUAUGAUUAAAGAAGAGUUGGUUUCGAUAGAAACCUAACUCUCGUUACAUCUCCAUAGUAAACCAAGGCCCCGUCUAUAAUACGCUGAGGAAUACAAUUUGAAAACGGAGGUUUCAGUCUGAAAACGUAUCAAAUGUUUUCCGUCCACACUAUGCCGGAGAAAUUU